CCUUAUUUUCCAGCAGACCAGCGCAGAGUUAGCUGUUAGAGGUAUGUCGGCCGAGAACUCAACCCUAAAAUCAGCCGGGAAAAACAAGGUUUCUGGCCUAGCAACAGCGUAUCUUGUCUUGUACAAUGUAGUCCUCUGUGCAGGAUGGCUGUCUGUAGGUGCAAUGGGGGUACGUUACUAUCUCCAAGAAGGUACCAAUGUGGGUCUCUAUGAUGCCAUUGAACUACCCCUCAAGGCCUUUCAGACAGCUGCCAUUCUUGAGGUUGUCCAUUGCCUAAUUGGAAUCGUGCCAUCCUCGGCGGUUCUAACUGCAUUUCAGGUGACAUCCCGUCUGGUCAUUCUGUGGCCUGUCACCCAUAGUGUAAUAGAGGUUCAGAAUGAGAAGAGUAUUAUUCUGUAUGUAAUGGCUUGGACCAUUACUGAAGUGAUACGCUAUGCAUUCUAUGUCUUUGCCCUGCUCAACCGUCUACCAUACGUGCUAAUGUGGCUACGAUAUACCCUCUUCAUUGUCCUUUACCCCAUUGGUGUAACAGGUGAGCUGUGGACUAUCUACCUUGCAUUACCAUACGUGAAGAGCACAGGACUCUAUUCUCUAGAGUUACCAAACGACUACAACAUUUCCUUUGAUUACUACAGCGUCCUUAUCUUCCUCAUGAUUCUCUAUAUUCCAAUUUUCCCAAGGCUGUAUUCACACAUGCUGAGACAGAGGAAGAAAAUGCUUGGCGGCGUCCCGGGCACCAAGAGAGAUUAACCCCACCCUCACACUUUAUUUGUUUUCUACAUUUGUAAUUUCUGUUGAUUCUGAUGCAGUUUGAGCUAGAAUGAAUUCUAUGAAUAGACCAUUGAUAUCAAUAAAUAGAUAUAGCUACAAUGCAGAUAUUUCCUGCUAUUUUGGGUAAUGGGGGCAAUUGUAAAAUGAAAAUAUCGGGAUAUUGUUUUUCUCAUUUAUAUCAUUAGUCAGUAGGCCUGGGAGUAAACAUCGAUUAAUCAAUCGCUAUUCGAUGAGCAAAGUUUUUACUAAUCAAAUGUUCGGCAGGACCCAAUUGGACAUUUUGGAUAACUCGAAUACUCGCAAGUAGUAAAAAAUGACAAGAUAACAAUGAUAACAAUUAAUUCUAAAAUAUCUGAUACAGGUUUGGAAAUGAUGUUACCGAGGCAAUUUAU